AUGAAUUGCGUUGAAACAGACAAUCUCUUUCUACAUUCUCGACUGGACAAGAAUGACAGCGCAGACGAAUUACUUAGACUAAGAAACAACAACCAAGGAUUCUCGACGAGUUCAUUAUUAUCCUCAUUAGAGCCAAUGACACUACAUCAGGAAUCGUUGCACUCUUUUCGGUUUUCAAGCCCCAAUGCAACAUCGUCUGGUUUAGCACUUGCUUUGUCAAAAGAUGGUCAGCAAAGUGAAAAUAACUAUAUUACACAAAUCACAUCCAGCCUCGAAUUGAUUGAUAUGCCAAACACUUUGCCAGAGACAACAACAAUCAAUGGAUCUCUGACUCCCGUCACACCAGAUGAUCGAGAACCUAUCAACAGUAGUAGCAAUAUCAAACGUUCUGCUUCGUUUAGUUGUCUGAAAUCAGAUCGCCGCCAUAGAACAUCGCUUGUUUCAAAUACAUUAUACCCAUCUACAAGCACAAGCACCCGUGCCACUCCUACCCCAAACACAGCAGCAUCGUUGGCAGAUCAGAACAUAUCUAGAUAUCUGCCACAGAAUCAAGCAGUAAUCACAACGCAGGAUAAUUGGAGAAUUAGCCUGUCAAACCACAUUGCAGCCAUGAUUCUAUCUGGCUCCAAAAGAAACAACACGCAAGAUUUCAUAGGCAAGCACAUUCUUGAUUUUAUAGAUGUGAGUCAUCGGCCAUUGUUGCUUGAGAAAAUUGUCAAAAGAAGAGAUGAUUAUCAACAUGUCAACAUCAAUGGUAGUGUUUUAAUAUGCGGUGAUGUGAUUCCAAUCAUCAAACAAGAUGGUGCCAAGUCUUCUGCUUCACUCUGGUUGAAGGAAAAAAAGAGUGAUAAUGGAUCCUCUAUAUUUAUCUGGAUCUUGGAGGAAGUAUUUCAAAGCACCAUCAAAAUUCGAUUAAGCGACAACAGUAGAAUCGAAUCCAUUGACAAUGAAGAUGCAAAUGAACUGCUCGGGUACUCCUCGACAGAACUCUCACAAAAGCCUAUUCAGCAAUUAGUUCCUCAAUACAAUGCAACCGAUAAAUUUUUCGGCUGUCGCACAAAGCUAAACGCCUAUUUCCCUGUCAUGAUUGGACAUACGGAUCAACAUACCAUCCGUAUCACCUCUAUGCCAACACUCGCAGGUCUGGUGACAGUAGACUGUAAAAGUGGAGUCAUUCAAAGUUGCAACACGGCCUUUUCAAAAUACCUGUUCGGCUAUCGAGACCUCAGCAAUGUACCCCUUUCCAAGCUAAUUCCUCAAUACACAACAUUGAUCUACUGCCUGGAACGAGAUGAAUUACUGCUAGACGGGUACAUUCUCAACAAUACCAUGUGCUGCGAUAUUCUGAGAGCUAAUCUACCCCAGCAACAACAAAAAAAGACACAGCCUCCUGUUGUUAUCUCGGCUGUGCAUCGAGAUGGCACUUGCUUUGAUAUCGAUUUACAAAUCAAGUUACUGGUCGACCGGCAUGCAUAUGCUCUGUGGAUCACAUUUGAUAGGGAAACCGUAUUCCAGCAUCAAGGUCACAAAUCGAGUAUUCAUAAAUUGCAACAACAGCAAUUUGAAAGAGAAACUGCCAACCUUGCAGUGACCACGGCCAAUUCCAGCUUCAUUCGUUCAAAAUCUGUAAAUUUACCCACCAAUUCGCGAAAGACGCUUUUGGAUAGUCCCACCACAGCCACCAACACCAAAAAUGUGAUGGGUGAGAACGCUUCUCAGGAGAGACCUUCUUUGGGCUCAAAUCCUCCUCCUGCUGCAUCUAAAAGUAUAUGGCCUCGUAUUGGUGAGUACUCUGCCCAGACGCUCAAGACAUCCAUCCAAGACUAUGCAAUUGUUGACGAAUUGGGUCAAGGAGCCUAUGGUUUAGUCAAGUUAGCGUACCUCAAAAGCGAUCCUGAAAAGAAACGAGUUGUAAUCAAAUAUGUGAUCAAGUCUCGUAUUCUAGUAGAUUGCUGGACGCGAGACCGUAAGCUCGGCUUGAUCCCGGCUGAAAUUCACGUAUUGCACACGCUGAGGAAGAUUCCCCACGUCAAUUGUAGUGACAUGUUGGACUACUUUGAAGACGAUGACAACUACUAUGUGGUCAUGGACUUGUAUGGUGCUGGCAUGGAUCUAUUCGACUACAUUGAGUACAAGGAAAGCGGGCUGACCGAAUCAGAAAUUCGAUCCAUCUUUCGUCAAGUAGUAGCUGCUGUCGGACAUUUGCAUGACCACCGCAUAGUUCAUCGCGAUAUCAAGGACGAAAAUGUGAUUUUGGAUCUUAAAGGCGGUGUUCGCUUGAUUGAUUUUGGUAGUGCUGCUUACAUGAAGGAAGGACGGCAAUAUGAAACUUUUGUGGGCACGUUGGACUAUGCUGCACCGGAGAUUCUAAAGGGCCAAACAUACACAGGACCACCGCAAGACAUUUGGGCAUGCGGUACUCUGUUGUACACACUGAUUUACAGAGAGAAUCCAUUUUACAACAUCGAUGAAAUCAUGGAACGAGAAUUGAGAAUCCCUUUUGUGUUAUCACAGGAAUCUGUGGAUCUGAUAAGACAUAUGCUUGAAAGAGAUGUUCAGAAAAGAUUGACCAUUCAUCAAGUAUUGGACCAUCCUUGGUUCAAGAUGAAUUAA